AUGGGCCAGUGCCAGUCAAAAGAAACUGCUGUUCCUCCCGCAUACAUUGAAAUUGAAACUCCCAACGGAGCCUCUCGACCUUCCAAUGCAAAGGCAUCAAGCAACUCCUCAAAAGCCCAAAAGAGGAGGGCUUCUUCCCUUUCUACUACUUCAGAAACGGCCCGAAGCAGUGAUACCUCAUUGUUGGUAGGACAAGCGGAAACAUCGAAGAGAUCAGAUGCAAGACCUUCCAUCGAAGCAAAACCAUCCCUCCCCAACACCAUCUGUACUCAGCCAGUCAACAGGUUUCAUUCUACUAGCCCCAAGAGAACGGCUGCUCUGACUAAAAGAACGGCUGCUCUGAGACAUAGCGCUCCACCUAUCCCUGCAGCAUCCAUGCAGCAAAGGCCAGGUCUCCAACGGCAAAGCUCCUGGUUCACUCUUUCAUAUUCGUUCGGUGCAGACUCACACCACAGCUUGAGCUUUGAUGAGUUCGAGUAUGCUUCUAGCCGCAUCAACGACGACGAUUUUGGCAAUGAUGAAUCGGCCACGGAAGAACCAACGAUGAAUGAAGACUUGAGCUACUACCGGUACUAG